AAAAGAGCAUGGUACAACGUCAAAAUCUACCAAAAUUACCAUUGCUGAAGUGUCAUUGUCUCUGUCACUCUUGCUUCUGAACGAAAAUUUGGCUCCGAGGCGUGUGAGAUUUCUUUGGCGAAAUUGCAGGAUUGCACCAAUCCGCGAAACUAAUUGAAACGCACAUUUCUCGGUGUUGCGGGUAAUUUUGGACCAGUAACAGUACAGCCAUGGGUCACGGAUUCGGUGAACUUGCGAAGGUACGUGGAAUUGUCACGCACAAGAUCUCUCCCUUCGAGCAGCGCGCCUUUGCGAAUGUGAUCAGCAAGGGUGUACCGAAUACGCUUCGACGAAUUCGCUCCCAAAUUUUCAUCGUGGCCCCGCCAUUCGUCAUGGGAUACAUGAUUUACAACUAUAUCGAGAACUUGCACACCCAGAUGAAUCGUAAGAAUCCGGCCGAGUUUGCGAACGACUCGUAAUCGCGUCAUUUCGAGAAAGAGGGAUGCCUUGGCAUAUUUGCUAAACGUGUGUCACAUGCAGGCAGGAUAGCAGCAUAAUAAACAUAUUUAAAAUGUGA